AGGUACAAUACCAUUUCACAUCAACAAUGCUCCUUUACAUACUGGUUUCUCUCUUCCAACAUCAAGCGGCAGCUCAAACAUGUAAUCUGGCUUCUGAUGUUGAGACGGUAGUUGUAAAUGCUCACAAUUUGCUGAGAGGAGAUGUCGCAAAGCGAGCUUUAGAUGCAAAGAAGUAUGGGAACCUCCCAGGAACAAAAAGUAUGUUCAAGCUGCAAUAUGAUUGUACAUAUGAAGCCCUUGCUACUUCCAUGAUUGGUAAAGACUGCAGUCGUCGGUUGGAUCUUAAUCUUAUCGGAGUUGGUGCAAACUUCAAAACCUUUCGCGUACCCGGCAUACUCGACAAUAAAAACUUGCCCAGCUAUUACGAUUUUGCUGUUGACAACUGGAGCGGCAGCGUUACAAAGCCGUUGGAUGCAGAUGCCGUGUACACCGACAAGACCACUGCCCCAUUUGCAACUAUCAUAUACAAUAAAACCACGAAGUUUGGGUGUUGGCAUUCAUACUGCAGAGAAGAUAAAAAGCUCUCUAUUGCAUGCGCAUACGAAUAUAUGCCACAACAAGGACAGCCACUUUAUUGGGCUGACUCGACGGGGAAGAAAGGCUGUACGGUCGACUCUUCAUGUAAGAAGGUAACGAAAGACGCUAUAUGUGAGACUAAUGUUCUGGGCGGAGAAGGACCACUUUGCGAAAUUGCUUCCCAUACCACAAGCACUACUACGACGACGACCACCACCACCACUACCACUACCACCACCACCACCACUACAACAAGCUCAUCAGGUUGUGGCACAAUUCCAGCCGAAGUCGAGGAUGCCGUCGUCGUUGCGCACAAUAAAGUCAGGGAAGAGCUUGCAACGCGAGCACUAGACCAGAGAAUUUAUGGCAACAUAGGUGGCACGAAAAGCCUAUUCAAAAUGAAAUACGACUGCAGCAUUGGAAUUCUUGCACGUGGUACGAUUGACGAUAAAACGUGCAAGCAUUCAUCCUUAUCUAUGGAUAUGCUUCAAAAAGGAGAGAAUAUGCGAACAUAUUAUGCGGAUAGCGAACCUGGAAGUGCAGAGUUGGCUCAUUUCUAUACAAGGGCAGUAGAAGACUGGAAGAGAUCCAUUACCACUCCACUUGAUGUUGACGUUUUAUACAAAGAUGUCACCAUGAAACCGUUUGCAAAUAUAAUAUACCAUAAAACAUUGAGAUUUGGAUGUGCUCAUUCCUACUGCGUUGACUCGCACUACAUUGUCAUCAGCUGUGUCUACGAGCAAAUGCCAAAGGAAGGUGAAGCCCUCUACAACCUUGAUUCCAGCAAUAAGAAAGGUUGUCAGAAAGAUGCUCCUUGCAAUAAGGCAAUGAAAGGUGGAGUCUGUUCCAAUGAUGGCACCAAGUAUGGUCCACUUUGUGAACUACCCUAAUACCAGAUGAUGAUGCUAUCGCAAAGCCUAC